CAUUAUCAUCAAAAAGAUCAGAAGAGAGUGAGCGAGUGAGAUUAGCCACAAUGUAUCCUCCUCUCCUCUAUCUCCUGCUUCUGACUUCAUGCUUGACACAUCAAGCUCUAGGCCGUGGUCGUGGCCGGUCACCACCGGAUGCAAGCGUGGACCCUUCUUCUCGCAUCACAGUCGUCGGAGUUGUCUACUGCGACACGUGUUCUAUCAACACUUUCUCAAGACAGAGCUAUUUCUUACAAGGUGUGGAAGUUCAUGUGACAUGUAGAUUCAAAGCAAGUUCACCAAAAACAGCAGAGGAAGUGAACAUAUCAGUGAACAGAACAACAAACAGAAGCGGCGUUUACAAGCUCGAGAUCCCUCACGUUGACGGCAUCGAUUGCGUCGAUGGAAUAGCCAUAGCAUCUCAAUGUAGCGCUAAGCUACUCAAAACAUCUUCCGACAACAACGGAGGCUGCAGCGUCCCCGUUUUCCAAACCGCAACCAACGAAGUAUCUAUCAAAUCAAAACAAGAUCGUGUCUGUAUCUACAGUUUAAGUGCACUCAGCUACAAACCUUCCCACAAAAACACCACACUGUGCGGCGUUGGCGGCAGGAAAAGACAUCACCGCCGAGGGAAAGAGGAGGAGGAGGAGAAGAAGAAGAAGAAGAAGGAGAACACAUUUAGAGAUUCGAAAUUCUUCUGGCCAUAUCUGCCACCGUAUUGGUUCCCUUGGCCAUACCCGAAUAUGCCUUUGCCGACUCUACCGCCGCUUCCGUCUUUCCCUUUCCCUUUUCUACCUUUCGGAAACCCGAAUCCCGCAUUGCCGGCACUCGAUUGGAAAGAUCCGACCACUUGGAUACCUUAUCUUCCACGUUUUCCUCCAGGAGAUCACAAUCUUUAGGGACCAGAUUCUUCUCUUUACCAAACACAUUUGGCUUCCUCUGUUUCAUUUUUUGUAUGUUGUGAUUCCCUCUGUUUUGAGGUUGAUUGUGUGUGUUUAUGAUUUGAUUACUUAUUAAUGUGUAAUUAUUCUUCAGUUACAGAAGUUUAAGAUUUGGUUUAAGGAGGAACGUUUUGAAGGAUUUUGGUGUAA